AUGGUCAGCGACAAUAUCAGGAUAAAUUCCUGCUCUGCUGUCAGUAAUCCCGGAGUAUCACCAUCAGCGAUAUCGAUUCCCAAGCAGAGGUCGCAGGACAAUGGUAUUGAAGAGCCCGCCGUUCCUGACUCACCCACAAAGCGAAGCACUUUCAGAGUUGCUGCGAUUCUAGCCGGCCUGAACCUCGCCAUAUUCAUCGCCGCCCUCGAAGGAACAACGAUCGCUCCAGCCAUCGCCAGCAUUAUAUCAGACUUUCACUCAGCGAACGGCUACCAAUGGAUCGGUGGAUCCUACCUGCUGGCAAAUGCCGCCGCAGGACCAAUCUGGGUCACAAUAUCUGACAUCUGGGGCCGCAAACCUGUGAUCCUGACGUCGGUGAUCUUCUUCUUCUGUGCUUCCAUAGUGUGUGCUAAAGCCACGAGCAUCGAGAUGCUCAUCAUCGGUCGAGCAUUUCAGGGAACAGCCGCUGGGGGCAUCCUCAUGCUUGUCCUCAGUAUCCAAUCCGACAUAUUCAAAGUAAUGUGGUGUCUCGCCGGUGGCAUCGGCCCUGUCAUCGGCGGCGCCCUCGCCGAGUACAACUGGCGCUGGAUCUUCUGGAUCAAUCUACCCAUCAGCGGCUGCGCGUUCAUUCUUCUCCUAAUAUUCCUGAAUGUGCACAACCCACGCACAGCCUUCCUCGAGGGCUUCAAGGCCAUCGACUGGCUGGGUAGUCUGUCUAUCAUUGGCCUCACACUCAUGCUACUCCUUGGAUUGGACUUCGGCGGGACGAUCGCGCCGUGGAGCUCGCCGAAAGUGGUAUGUCUGAUUGUGGUGGGCGCGUUGAUGAGCCUAGUAUUUGUGUAUGUGGAGAAGCGUUUUGCGCGGUGUCCUUUAAUGCCGUUGGGCAUAUUCAAGAGUCGAUCGAAUGUGGCGUGCGUGCUUGUUGGCUUUGCGCAUGGGUUUGUAUUCAUCGCAGCCGAAUAUUAUAUCCCACUGCAGCUGCAGAGUACAAAGGAACUUUCGCCGCUACACGCAGGUCUGUUUACGCUGCCGAUUGUUGUAGGCGAGGGCGUAAUGGGCAUUGUGGCAGGCUUCUACAUUCAUUAUACGGGCCGCUAUCUGGAGCUCAUCUACGCCGGUUGUACACUGAUGGCUAUUGGCACGGGGAUGUAUAUCUCGCUCGAAGCAGACUCGUCUUUUGGUCUGUUUAUUGGGUCUGAGCUUGUUGGGGGCUUCGGCGCGGGUAUGCUAUUUGCGCCGCCCCUGAUUGCCAUGCAAAACCUUGUUCCGCAGGAGGAUACUGCUACUGCUACCGCGACGUUUGGGUUCUGUCGUGCCAUUGCGACUGCCAUGUCUAUUGUUAUUGGUGGUGUGGUCUUUCAAAAUGGUAUGGAGGCAAGAGUCAAGUAUCUGCUCGCAGAGGGACUACCUUUGUCCCUUGCGGAACAGUAUUCCGGUCAGGAGGCUGCUGCAAACGUGCUGCGCAUUCCAGACAUCGAGAACAUCGAGCAUAAAAACGCAAUCAAAGAGGCUUAUGCAUGGAGCUUGAGCAACAUGUGGAUAAUGUUCACAGUAGUAGCUGUCCUAGGUGUUGUGGCUGGAGCGUCUGAAAAGAAAAGCGGAAAUGAUACCAUUAACAACUGA